AUUGUCAUAAAUUUUCAGUCAUUCUUUAUUUUCGUAUUAUUGUUACGUGAUUAAAAUCCCCUAAAAAUCAAAAUUGAUUUCAAAAACAGCAAUAGUUUAAGCGCCGCCGAUCCAUUGUUUCGGCUUUAUUAAUAAAAAUUGCAAGUGAUAACGUGUGCAAAGGCCUGCAUAAAUGAAUAAUGUCGUUGAGGUCGAAAGCCUUGGCUCUGGUGGAGGUGCUGUUGAGGGUGCCUCCUCUGUUUGUGGUGGAUGAGUUCCUAAAGAUCAGCUUGGGACUGCCAGUGUCGAGCGGAGAGGAAGUGCCGGUUCUUAGCAACCUUACAAUGGAUCACAUUGACGUCACUGAACCAGAUGCGAACUACUAUGAUGCAAAUUUCUACAACGCCUUCAUCUUCACAUUCCUCAAGUUCCUGAUUUGUUGCUUAGGAUGCAUGUCAGCGCUGUGCAUAUUCGUGUUAUACACGAAACACCUCAUCAUAGUGUACCUGUACCUGAUGUCGGUGGGCAUCGUAUUCGUUUCCUACUGGACCAAUGUGUCGGCAGUUAAGCAGAUCCACUUGACUCAGCUGGCGACUAAUCAACCUAUUGCCAGCGUGUUAGAAGACAUACUCAAUUUAAAUAUGAAAAACCUUCUUGAUCUCGAUGGCCCUGGCUUGCUAGUCAUGCAGAACUUUGCCAUACAGUUUAUCCUAGCCAUACUCUUCAGAAAUGUACACUUGGGACCUCGACAUUCGACCAUACAAAAACUGUUACCCAUCAGCUUCAUGGCACCGUCCUUCCUAGCCAUGCUGCCUAUACCGCCAAAUUUACUGCAUCAUUCACCGGUUUUCUCCACAUUACUACCACUAUGCCUCGUCAAUUACGUCCUUUGGUCAUCGGCCUACAAUGUUAUACAAGUUAUCUACGCCGGUUACCAACACGGACGCCUCUUUGUUAGCAACUAUGGAUUAUCAGCUCUAGUUGAAACCGAGUGGAUGAGACUUAACAUACCGUGUGUCUUGAGAGUUUUUUGGGUUAUGAGGGUUGCAGAACAUGCGAUACUACUUCUUAUGGACAAUUACGACGAUGACUCCGAAGAUGGAUUAAAAGUAUCCACACUACUAGCCGUCCAGUCUCUAGCUUCUAUGGCCAAAUCUCUCCUAGUGACAGGAUGUGAGACGAUAACAGCCGUACUGGGCAUGACUUCUGUGAUCUCAUUCUUCUGUCAUUACAUCGGCAAUUUUUUCCAAUGGAUUUUAUUGACAGACGAAGAAGAAGACAAAAGUAUAGGCGCUGUGUCCGCCAUUUUGUUUUACAUACUCGCAUUGCAAACCGGCCUAACUUCAUUAAAUCCAGAAAAGAGAUUCGUCCGAUUAUGUAGAAACUUUUGUUUGCUAUUUACUGCACUGUUACACUUCUUACACAAUAUUGUGAAUCCCAUGCUGAUGUCGCUUAGCGCUUCGCACAACCCCAGCACACAUCGGCACGUGAGAGCACUCGGCGUUUGCGCUUUUCUUAUAAUAUUCCCGAUGUCGCUUCUCGUAUAUCUGUGGUCGCAGCAUUCGAUAUCGACGUGGUUACUAGCGGUCAGCGCUUUCAGUAUAGAAGUAAUAGUGAAAGUGAUCGUGAGCUUAAUGAUCUACUCCCUGUUUCUAAUCGACGCAUAUAGGAGCACAUUUUGGGAGCAAUUGGACGAUUAUGUAUAUUACAUAAGAGCUUUCGGUAAUACAAUAGAAUUUUGUUUUGGCAUUUUCCUAUUCUUUAAUGGAGCGUGGAUUUUGUUGUUCGAGUCUGGGGGAGCGAUUCGAGCCGUAAUGAUGUGUAUACACGCUUACUUCAACAUCUGGUGCGAAGCGAGGGCCGGAUGGUCGGUGUUUAUGAAGCGACGUACUGCCGUCAAUAAAAUCAACUCUCUGCGGGAGGCCUCUCUCGAUCAGUUGAACCAGUUAGACGACGUGUGUGCCAUAUGUUAUCAGGAGAUGCAUUCGGCAAAGAUCACACGAUGCAACCAUUACUUUCACGGUGUCUGUUUGCGGAAAUGGCUUUACGUCCAAGACAGGUGUCCGCUGUGUCACGACAUACUGUACAAGAUAGAUAAUGACAUAAACAAGGAUAACAACUCCGAAGCUGGUAAUGAGGAGAACAGUAACAACCAAAACCUUCUUUUAGAGGAAGAACCCGAUCUCUUGCUCGGUGAGGGGGUCAGAUGACUGCUCGACGAAGACAUAUACCACUUAGAUUAAAAAUCAGUGUCAAGUUUAGUGGUCGACUUAAUUGAGUGGUUUUCAUUCAUUUGUAUAGUAAGUUAUUGUUUUUUUUUUAUAUGAUAUAUAUAAAUCAGAUAUAGCUGUGAUUAAGGUGGACGGUUGAAAUUGUGCGUGUGGCUGUCACUUUGAGUGUGUCGUAAUGGUUGUCUGAAUCGUGGACAGGCUCUUGUUUAAGACAUUUUGAUUGUUGGACGACUCGUUUUUUGAAUAUGUUGAAAUUUAACAGUGCAACUAUUUUAGACAAAAAUUAUAUCAAUAUAAUAAAUGUGAUGACGUUUAAAAAAGGUUUAGAUGACGAAAAUAAAGCUAUUUGUAAAUAGUUAAGAUGUUUAGAAAUAGCUUUUUAAUAUUUUGAAUGUAACUUAAAGGAUUAAAAUUAUAAAUAAAAAUAGUAAUUUUCCUCCUUAUAAACUGUAAAUAAACUAUUAUUUUAGUAGAAAUGG